AUGUCACUUGAAGAAAUUAUUCAUGCCACACAAAAAUUCCAUAAUGACAAUUGCAUCGGAGGAGGAGGAUUUGGAAGAGUCUAUAAAGGAGACCUUCAAGAUGGUGAUGGAUUUAAAACCAUUGCUGCAAAGCGAUUGGAUACGAGGUUUGGUCAAGGUGAACAACAAUUCUUGCGUGAGCUUCAAAUUCUUUUGGAUUAUAAGCACGACAAUGUCAUUAGCCUUCUAGGCUACUGUAAUGAAAAUGAUGAAAAAGUCAUUAUUUAUGAGUAUGCGUCUAGAGGAAGUCUUGAUAGAUAUUUGAAUGACGCUUCUCUUACAUGGGUGAAACGACUUAAUAUAUGCAUUGAUGUUGCAAGGGCGUUAGAUUUCCUACAUGGAGGAGUUGGAAAACAGGCAAAGGUGAUACAUAGGGAUAUUAAAAGUGCUAACAUUCUACUAAAUCAUGAUUGGAAAGCAAAACUUGCUGAUUUUGGUCUGUCCUUAAUAAGUCCAUUAAUUCAAGAAACGAGCUAUGUCAUUGAUCAUGCGUGGGGCACACCUGGAUACUUGGACCCACUUUACAAAAAAACAGGAUUCCUAACCAUAGAAUCUGAUAUUUAUUCAUUUGGCGUUGUUUUAUUUGAAAUUUUGUGUGGGAGAUCGACAUUUGCAAUCCAAAAACAUGAGGGCCACUAUUUACCGGAGUUCAUUAAAAACAUAUUUAUAGCAGGGAAGCAUGAUGAGGUGGUGUUCAAAAAAAUAAGAAAACAAAUCGUAACGAAAUCAUUGACUACAUUUCAAGAGAUUUCCUACCAAUGCUUACAUAACGAAAGGGAAAAACGGCCGACCGCUAAAGAAAUUUUAAGGGAACUUCAGAAGGCACUUGAGUUUCAAGUACAGUCCAUGGAUAAAGAUGAGGAAGGAUGUAGGGGACCAGAUUAUGCCACUCCGAUUGAAACAGUUGGGGACAUACAACACUUGUCCAACAAAUAUUCUGAAACUGGAAAGCAAGUUCAAGAUCCAGAGCUAUAUAAGCACAUAGAGCAGGAUCCUGUUUCUCCCACAAAUCAUAAAGCCACAAUUAUCCAUCCGGGAAGCAAGCAGAGGGUUCUAGACCACCUGAAACAGGAGGUGACACUCGGAGAGAAUCAGGUAAAACUGCUCAAGGAGGAGUUGAAGAAGGUGGAGAUGGCAAACAAGUCACGUUUGGCCCUCAUUCGAGCAUUGGAAGAAGAAGAAGAAGAAGAAGAAGAAGAAGAAGAAGAAGAAGAAGAAGAAGAAGAUGAUGAUAAUAAUGAUCAAGUUUGGUAUGAUGCUGGUGAUGAUUAUCUUCUGGCAUAAGUUUAGUAGUUUUUUUUAUAUGAGGCGUUCGUUGACUGAUUCGGUACUUAAAUUGUUUUAUUUUGCUCCUUCUCCCUGUAAAUCCUAACUUUAUGUCUAGAGUUCAAAAUAAUAACAUAUUGAUAGAUUUGUAGGUUUUUUCAACUAUGU